AUGGGCUACAACCCAAUCUAUGUUAUUUUGCUAAUUUUAAUAAAGAAACACUUAUUAUUAUACAUAAUUGAUAAUGGAAAUUUUGCGAUUUUUGCAUUAGAUAAUGAAAAGGAAUCGCAAGACAAAUCUUCAACUACUGAUGAAAAUACUAUCUUUAUACUAGUGGAUUUGGAAAAUGCAAUUCCUGUAAAUGAGGAUGCUAAUGCAACCAGUCCUAUUAAGGCUAUUCACACUACACUUGGCAAUUCUGAAAAUUUGAAUGACUCAAUUUCAAAAGUUACUAGUAAUCAAAUCUAA